AUGCGCAGUGAGCACUCUGGCUGACAGCGGCUGGCUUUGAGCUCGGACUGUGUCAUGUUAUUAAACUGAUUUUAUCACAGGUUUAACGGGAAACAGCAGGUUCACGGAAGCACCGGAGAUCCUCGCCACCUCCCGGAGUGUCCCGACCCCGGCGGAGCUGCAGCAGGGGUUCGAGAUGUGGUGGUUUGAACAGGGUCUGUGCGCUCUGCCCGCGGCUCUGGUAGUGUGGACUUCAGCCGCAUUCGUUUUCGCCUAUACCACCGCGGUUGUUCUGAGACAUGUGGACCCACUGCUGCCCUAUAUCAGUGACACUGGGACCAUGGCUCCAGAGCGGUGCGUGUUUGGGAUCAUGCUCGACGUCUCGGCCUUUUUAGGUGUGUUCACUGUGUAUGUGCGAUACAAACAGGUGGAGGCGCUCUCCUUAGACUCUCACUCUCGCCUGCUCAGUUUAAACCGUGUCGGACUCUUCUUCGGGCUCCUGUCCUCACUUGGGAUGUGCGUCGUUGCCAACUUCCAGAAGACUGCGCUGUUCCCCAUUCACCUCUUGGGGGCAGUACUCACCUUUGGAGUAGGUGCUCUGUACAUCCUGGUCCAGACUCUGGUCUCAUUUUGGAUGCAGCCUGAAGUCCACAGCAAGUCCCUGUUUAAGACCCGCCUCAUGCUCACGGCCUGGACCUUCUCCUCCAUCAUCUGCAUGUUUGUGUCCUCUGUGAUCAUGUACAGCAGUUUGCCUGGAGUGGACGUGGCUCACAAACUGCACUGGACUCCUGGAGAAACGGGCUACUUGGCUCACCUGGUCAGCACUGUGUCUGAAUGGUCUCUGGCCCUUUCCUUCAUUAGCUUCUUCCUCACCUUCAUCAGAGACUUUCAGAAGAUCGAGCUGCGAGCUGAGGCCGUGGUCCAAAGCCCACACCUGUACGAUGGGCCUGUGGGAGGUGUUGUCUCUCACCGAGGGGCAGGGGAGGAGUCGCCGCUACUUGGGGGUGGGACAUGAACUACAAAUGAACUAAUAAGAAUCUGUUUUCCAGCACUGAGAAAGACGGGUGCACUUUGAGACUGUGGGACGAUAAAUGAUUAUUAAAAUAUCUGUAAAUUGUAUUUAAAUGAAAACGCUCUCACCUGGUUUUAUGUGGUUUAAAUUGUUUACUUUUUAAAGCAUCAGACUGGAGCUGUUCAAACUACAACCGGAUGUUGGCAGCAUUGAGUUACACAUGUUUUGUAUUUAUAUAUUACUUCUAUCAAUAGUCUUCAGUAACAUAAAUAUAGCUAAGUCUGUAAGUAAAAUGUUUUAAAAGAUUGCGUUUCUGUGGGCGAUUUCUUAUAUCCAUGUUAUUAAGUCGAUGUACUUUUUAUUAAAACUGGGGCACCAGACUUUAUU